AUGGCUCCUAAUAUCAGCAAGCCUGUCUCUGAAGUGCUCUGCAAGGAGACUCAACCGGUUGAUGAUCCUGGUGAGAAGGCUCCCACUCCAUUGGCUCCCAUACACCUCGACUACCUGCUCUAUGUAAGGAAUGUCAAACCGUCGGUCAAAGAACUCAACAUUGUUGUCAAAACUACCCAUCCAUGGGCCAGAGUCUCCCCCAAGAGUCCCCUUGACCCAAUGGACAUUGAUUUACUGUCCAUAAACUGGUACGACUUCCAAUUGUGGGCCAUAUCCCACCUCGGUCAGCUACAGCCUUGGAUGUAUGAAGUCUUGUCCAAUGGGAACAACUUCCACAAGCUCAGGUGCCAUGCCUGGAUUGCGGGUCAUCCGAAAUAUGCUGAGCACAAAAACUUUUGCAUUCAAGGCCAUCUUGAUUAUCUUGGCUUUGCUAGUGUGGCAUCCAAGGUGUUCCCCAGCAAGGUGAUGUUCAAACUGGAGAUGUAUGAUCCUUGCCGUGCAAGCAAGGGUCCCGGCUUGUUCUUGAUCCCGAAAUCUCCCGCCAACAAGGACGGCACUCAAGGUACAAAUGAGCGGAACAACCAUUUGUUCUUGAUCCCAAAGGUACCCGCCAAAAAGGACGGCACUCAAGGUUUGACUGAGCAGAACAAUCAACCGGUGCGGUCCCCGGCAAAGGAUUAUUGUGAAGCUUUGACAACCGAGGAGGAUGAGCCCGCGGUCCCAAAGUUCAACCAAAUGAGGGCUCAACUGGCCCACCGUGGGUUCAAUAUAGACACACCCACCCCCAUCUGCACUAACCAGCCUCACCUGGGUGCAAUCCAGCCGGCAGAGGGCGGCUUGGGUCCCGCGGGAAAUGGCGCGCGAACCAAUGGUCACUCGCCAUCCAAGGUUGCCGCCGUCGGUUCUCACAGAAGGCCCCGCGUCAUGUCCUCAGAUGUCAAAAUCAUCCAAGCCCCACGCCGCAAGCAACCCCAAACGUUUGAUCUUGAGACCCCUCUUGUCUCCAGGGCUUUCCCCCCUCCAGCUCUUCUGCCAACGCCAAUGAGGCCAGCGGAUCCGCGCUUGGAAGAGGUCAAUAUGGAGUUGUUCCUUGAGGUCGCCCAUGUUGAACCGGACAACAGGGACACUUGCAAGCGCUUGAAAGACAACGGUAUCAUCCAUUGGUCCUUCUUCCGCAGCUCCACCAAGAGGGAGUUACGGGGCAUGGGCUUCACCAUAGGCAUGGCACGAUUACUAUGCAAGGGAGUCCCCCGAUUAGAAGAAUACAUCACAAGUCACCACUUCACCGAGAGUGGCUCACCUAUUGUGUAG